AUGGCCGCUAGCGGCAAAGACUGGGACGCGGCGCAGUACCUGAAGUUCGAGCGCGAGCGUACACGGCCCUCAUUAGACCUUCUAUCGCAAGUGCCGCUCGCGAAUCCGAAACGUGUUCUCGACCUGGGCUGUGGACCUGGCAACUCGACGGCGGUGCUCCUCCGCCGGUUCCCAAAUGCCCAGAUCACGGGCAUAGAUUCAUCACCGGAUAUGAUCGGAAAAGCGAAGAAGACACUUCCCGGGAUUGAAUUCCGACUGGAGGAUCUGACUUCGGUCAAAGACACCGAGGACGCGGACCUGCUCUUUUCAAACGCGGUGUACCAAUGGCUGCCGUAUGAGAAACGGCUCCAGAUCUUCAGCGAUCUGAUCAAAAGCCAAAAGACAGGCGGUGUCUUUGCUUUCCAGGUCCCAGAUAACAUGUUGGAGCCUUCGCACGUUGCCAUGCGGUCGGUCGCUGAGGAAGGUCCUUGGUCGGAGAUGUUCAAGCGACAUCCACCAGCACGCAAGCCGUUUCAAUCCCCCCAAGAAAUCUAUGACCGUCUAAAGCCCCUCUGCUCGGACGUCAAUAUCUGGCAUACCUCCUACUACCAUAUCCUCGACGGGCACGAAGCGAUCGUGGAAUGGGUCAAGGCGACCGGUCUGAGACCCUUCCUUGACCCUCUCUCGGCCUCCGAAAGGGAGGAGUUUCUUGCAGCCUACCUCAAGCGCAUCCAGGAAGUGUAUCCUCCGCUGCAUGAUGGGAAGGUCUGCUUGCGAUUUCCGCGUCUUUUCGUCGUCGCUGUUCGAGCGUGA